UGUUAUUCCUUUGUUCCAUAGACAACACCAAAUGCUCGUCUAAGUAGUUGCCUAACCAAUAUACUGUACUAGCGAAAUAGUGAUAAAAAGCUUCUAAGUUCUAACAGUUUUAAUUACUAAUGUUACACUCGAAAAUUCUUGGAUUACAAUCAUCACGCCACACAAAUAGUGUGUGCCAAAUAUUAUAAGACACGGAGGCGCCACGGCCACAGGGGACCGGUUAAUUCUUUUCAUAAAAUUUCAAUGUGUUCUGGAAAUGGUUUGCAAAGAGGACGUGGUAUCAUGGUUUAAAGAAUUGGAAAGCUAUAAACGCAUAGAUGCUAUGUGUACACUGUUAAAUAUGUGCUUGCCAUUUGAAUUACGUUUUAUAGGCACCUACCUGGAGGAGCUAGGUAAGCGGGACUUUCAGGAGUUGCGUGGUGCCGAACUAAGGGCUAACAACCCCACAGACCUGGCCGCCGAUAUCGGUGGGGCAGACACAGACUCGAGAACGCGACGGAAAAUGGCCCUAUACGUAUCAUUGUUACGAUCGUGUAAUUUUGCUUGUGCCACCACAUUGUACAAUGCUAUGGUCAGUUUAGAACAGAGCGGUCUGUUGAAAGGCCUAUAUGGUGAUCUACUCGAAGAAAUACUUCUACUAUACACAAUGGCUCUACAUCAUCCAGCAUUCACAUUUGAUCAGAAAUCUCACUUUGGUGACAUAUUAGAAAAAUUAAAAAUUGAGGAUCAGAGGAUACAGUAUCAAGAACAGCAAGAGCACAUAAACAUAGCGCCGGUGAGCGCUUGUCACACUCAGCCCAGCAUCACCCCCAACAUGUCAGUCCCACCACCCAAUUUGGCGGGAUUGGGCCCACCACCCGGCUUAAUGUUUGUUAAAACACCAGUAGUUCAGCCGCCAAGUUCAGAUGCAGUGCCAGACUUAAGUAACCCUACAGUGAUAGCCACAGCAGGCCCCAUGGUGCCUAUACUCAGUGAGGUGCCCCACCCUCCCCCUGGUAUACCUAUUCCACAGUAUAAUGUGGGGGACUACUUGGGCCAGCAUGCAUGGUCAACAAAUAUCAUUGUCCAAUCACUCAAUCAACCACUAGAGGUAAUAAAUUACCCACCAGCAGGCCCGGGAGUGGCGGCACCGUCAUCACCGCUGGUCUCGUCUCCGGGCGACAGUCGCGCCGCGUCGCCUCGUGCGCGCCGCCGCCUGUCGCGCGACCGCUCCCCGCCCCUCGCGCCGCUCCCGCCGCCUGAACAAACCAUGCCACAUUUAGCUGCCAACUUUGAGAACCUUGCUGUUGCUGAGAUGCGGCACAACAUCGGCGAGGAGCGGCUGCGCGAGAUCGCCGCCCAGCAGUACCGCUCGCUGGAGAAGCUGAACGGCGUGCGGCGCCGCGCCGCCUACUGCCCGCCGCGCUCCUCGUCCGACAGCGGCUCCAGCGCCGCUUCCUCGCCGCCCGGCACGCCCGCGCCGCCGCGCCACCUCGCGCCGUCCGCGCCGCCCGGCCCGCCGCCCGUGCCCUACCUGCAGUAUCCGCGCCCCUACCCCUACCCCACGCCGCCGCCCGCCUACCGCCCGCCGCCGCCGCCCUUCGCCAACGGCGAGCCGCCGCCCUACCCCGCGCCGGCGCCCUACCCCGGCUACGUGCCCGUGCUGUACGCGCCGCCCAAGCUCUCGUGCUGGAACUGCGGCGGCGCGGGCCACGCGGGCCACGAGUGCAAGGAGCCCAGCAUGGAGGAGAUGACGCGCGCGGGCGGCUACCAGCUCGACUUCGGCGGCGCGCCCCCGCCCGACCCCGACAAGUAGUAGGUGAGUGUGCGCGACACUAGUUGCACUUUCAAUUUGAUAGCAAUCUGUAUAUGCGUAUGUAUCGGCGGCGACGUUUGUUAUAUUCAACGAAUCUGCAAAAUCGGUAAAAUUGUUUUUUUUUUAGCUUAUAGUUACAUAUGUAAAUGUAGUAAAAUAUGUAUAAAUUACAAGUACAAAAAUGUAUAAAAGGUGUGAUGCAUCGUUUGACUGUACAAAUAAUUUUAAUUAUACUUAAUGUGUAUAAUGCGCGAAUUUUUAAAUUGAAAGUGUAGUUACUAGUACUAGUAGAUCUUUAACAGCAUUAGCAUUACAGGGCGAGUUUUUAAGACGCACUUGUGACGGCUAGUCUUAACCUUCGAACUAUUGAGCAUACUGCAAUAUUUUUGUUUUACUAUUUUCUGUCUUAAAGCUCAGUCAACCAAUUCUCAGAACAAAUCUAUCAGUGGUUUCGGUAGUUGUCACACGUACAAUGUCUCAAAAGCUAUGAAAAUUGCGGGAAUUCCGUUAUAUUUCAGUAAAUAGCAGAUAAUGCUUCAGAAAUUGUUAUUAAAUAAAUAAACAGAUUUUUAGGCUUGCAAAGAAAAUAAAUAAACAAAUAAUAAUAUUAUUUCAAUUGUUAUGUAUUUAAUAAAAAGUAUUCUAGAUAUGUAAAUAUAGUAUAUACACUAAUAAAAUAAAUAAAUAAAAGAAAUACUACACUACAUAGUAUGAAAUUUAUUAAUUACAUAUUUAAAAUAAAUAAUAUAAACAAAGUAAAUUCUACUUUGGUUUAAGGUUUAACAAACUAUAUGAGCUGAAAGCCUGAGUUAAAUAACCCCAUAGAGCAAGCAGCUACAAAUUGGAUGCUCGUAUUUAUAUUUAACCCUUAACCGGAAUCGCGUGAUCCAUUUGGACCCAAGAAUAACAAAAAAUCUAAUUUCAAAAUGCGCGCAGUACAGUUUUGCGCAUCGAUCUAAUGUCAUUAUAAAGCAAAAUGAGACGGAUGAGUUAUACGUUUAUACUUGAAAUGGAGAGAACAAGCCAUCUUGGGUCCAAUUGGACCCAUGAUUCCAGUUACGCAAGUUCUUUUUUUGAAGCAAGUAAUUAUUCGUUGUGAUGUUGUCGUUAUCUUACGGAAAUAGAUAUCCAGGGACGAAGAAAUCACAAGAGAUAACUGUUUUUUACGAUUUUAAAAUAGUUGUAAUUUUUUUGUUUUUAUCUAAUUUCAAAUAAAUAAAUAUUAUUUCAAAUAAAUACAGAAUCUAUUUUUGUUAUCAUGUCUAACCCUGUAAUGUGAAUAAAUUUUCAUAUUAGAAUUUUUAUUAUUGUAAUUUAACGUCAAACUGACAACUAAAAAAAUGUAUCAAGUUUUGAUACUAAUAGCUAUAAAGUUAAGAAACGUAUUUAAUUUUGUGAUGUUUAUUAAUAAACCUUGAUUUAUAUAUUAGUCUUAUACUUGUUUUAACACAUUUGAGUGGUUGGUAUUCGUGUCUAUAUUAUAAAAUAACAAGUGUUUUAAUCAGGGGACCCACGAUUCCAGUUGUGUUGAAUUAAAUAGCGAUUCCGGUGAGGGGUUAACUUAGGAUUUCAGAUCAUAAUGUAGUCUGUUUAUCCAAAUUAGAGUUCAUAAAAUUUGGUUUUAUAGUAUCAAUCUGAUUUCAGUCUAUUUAGUGCAUCUCAUUUGCAGUCGGGUUUUUGUUUUAAUUAUUUAUUUUAUUACAGACUUUUGUAAGUCUGUGGAUAUUUAUAACUAUUCUAAAUUUUAUAUGAUACCAUGAGGUCAGACACAAACUUUACACUAUCAAAAACAUUUUAUAUGUGUAUAUUUUGUAAUUAAUUUCUAAAAUUUUGGUAGUCUACUGGAUAGAUUUGGCUAUUAUUUUUAUUAGUUCAAUGUCGUGUUUCGCGCAAAAACCGAUACUAAAUUGUCAAAAUCAAUCCAGCCGUUUGGAAGAUACAAGGUAAAUACUAAAAUGUAAGAUAUGCCCGGAAAACAUAACUGUUUGUUGGCAGUCAGCUAAAAAUAUAGUGCCAUAGUGAUUAUAAUAACAAAAUUUUGAUAAUAACUAAAACAUUACAUAUAAAUUAAAUUUCUUUUAUAAUAAAAAAAAUAAAAAUGAUUAAAAAAUGUUGUUACAAUAAGAAAAGAAAACAUAUCUUCAUGCUUAUUCAUAUUUAUGUAAUUAUACUAGUAAUCACUUUAAAAUUGAUUAAUUUAUACUCGUGCAUAUUAUAAACCUUGACAAAGAAUUCCCUUUAGAAACUUUUUAAUUAAUUUUUUCAAACAAAACAAAUGGUUAAUGAUCCUAAAAACCACUCAUACAAGAAUAAACAGUCAGUUUUGUGAAAUACAGCAAUUAAACGUGUUGCUUUGAUUUUAAAUAUUAUAAUAGUCAGCGAGACCUUUAAUUGUAGAACCCAGUUAUAGCGAAUGCAUUUUAAUGAUUUUUUUAUUAAUUUAAAUCCUUAUUUUAUAUACUAAAAUGUUUACCCAUUGAAAAUUACUGCAAAUUUUUUAACUUCUUUUUUAAUUACUUAGAACUAAGAUGGGACUAUAUUGAAUUACCCUGUUUUCGAAAAUUAAUUUUUCACUUGAUCUCGACGUAUUGAGAGGCUCUAGGAAGCUUGACUAUUUUUAUGAUGGUGUCUCAUUGUAGGUGUGUAAGUGUGUGUAUAUGUAUAACUUAGCCAUACUUUGACAUACUUUGACGGCCUCCGUGGCGCGUGUUAUGCGCGUUGGAUUUACAGGACGGAGGUUCUGAGUUCGAUCCCCGGCUGGGCCGAUUGAGAUUUUCUUAAUGGGUCUAGUUCUAGCUGGUGGCAGGCUUUUGCCGUGGCUAGUUACCACCAUACCGGCAAAAACGUAUCGCCAAGCGAUUUAGCGUUCCGGUACGAUGUCGUGUAGAAACCGAAAGGUGUGUGGAUUUUCAUACUUCUAACAAGUAAGCCCGCUUCCCUCUUAGACUGCAUCAUCACUUACCACCAGGUGAAAUUGUACUCAAGGGUUAACUUGUAAAGAAUAUAAAAAAUACUCAAGUAUUUAUUAUAAGGGCUUCACUAUACUUUCAUUUCGUACACCAUUUUAAUCGAUUUCGAUGAGUAAAUUUGGAGAUGUCAUAAACAAAAUAUUAUGAAGAAAAUUUAUAAUCAUUUACUAAAACUGGAUUCCGUCAUUUCCGUCGUCCGUUGACUUGCCUCUCUGUAAUCGCGUUGCAAUUUUUUGCGUGAACCUAUGAACUGAAUUUGUGUUUCACACAUUGAUUGAAAUUUUUGAAUGUAGUUUAUUAAUAAGUUGUGCUUUCUCUAAAGCUUAGAAUGAUAAAAUUGUACAAUCAUCACAAAAGUUAAGUUCUCAAUGUAGAAAGAAUUGUAGAACUUAUAGAAUGUACGAAUCGGUAAAAUGACGACGGUUUUUUAGAAUAAAUAUUUUUUUAUUUAAGGAUAUUAAAAAAAACAAAUAUAACACUGUUUCUUAGUAAACUUAGGAUGCAGUCAAAAGAGUGAAUUAAACUACAAUCAAUUUGUAAGUUUUGCUAAUUGUUUUUACAUUUUUACGAUGCAAUAUCCCAUGCAAUAUACCAAGGGAAAUUUGUGUUUUAUCCCUGAGUAAGAUUAUUGCACAAUUAAAGUAAAUGUAUCUUUAGGUAUAGUCUUCAUUUAAAAAAAAAUACCAAAAAAAACUUUGACUUUUUGAUCACAAAAAGCAAAAUAUAAAAUCCAAAAAAAAGCAACAGAAAAAAAAACAAAAACGAAGACUGUAUUUACUUGUACAAGUUAUGAAUUGUGAUUAUUUGUUUGUUUAAUAAACAUAUUUACAUGUUGUAUAACACAUAUUACGGAAUUCCCCGUGAUUCUAUGCUACUGCUAAACCAGUGUACAUAAUAUUAUGUUAGCAAAGCACUAAGAUAUUUUAUAGACCUACACUUACAGUUCAAACUCUGAUGGAAAUUUGCUAACGGAUUAAAUAUAUGUUUCCUUUGACCCAAGACUGAUUUGUGAUUUCAAUGAUUUCCAAAUUGAGUUGUAGACGCAGCAGCAAAUAGACCAGCCCCCCUAGCCAAGUAGCACUUCGAUUCUCUUUCUACGAUCGCUAACGCUUCGAAAACUAGAAAGACGUAUGGGAAUGACAUUUGCUAUCGACAGGUCACGUGAUCAAAAUCAGUCAUUCCCAUAACUUUUUUCUAGUUUUCGAAGCGUUAGCGAUCGUAGAAAGAGAAUCGACGUGCCACUUGACUAGGGGGGCUGUAGUAGAAAGUGUAACAAAAGAAUAUUCGUCAAACAAUUGUAUGAUAAUGAUAUAAUCUUUAUUGUAUAGCCACAAAUGUGUGUGUGUGUAUUUGAAAAUAUAUUUGAACAAGGGAUUAUACUUUGAUCAAUAUCAAUUAUUAUUAGAGGCAAUGCUCUUAAAUUAACAAAAUUAGUGUUUAUACGAAGUCAUUGUAAAUAUAUUACAAAUGUGUAAGAGAGUUGACACUUUGCCCGCUGUGUGUGAUUAUAUUUUGUAAAUAAUUCAGUUUUAUAAUAUAAUAUUAUAAUAUUAGCUGGUAAAUUUAGAUAUUGAGUAUAUUUGUAAAUUACGUAAUAAUUUGAGUGGUCAUAUAGUUGUAUUUGAUUGCUAUAUGCUCACUGUCACAAAUCACAAUUUUGCAUUUUUUUGAAAGUCCCCCUUUUGUGAGGAAUAGUUGAAAUUAGAUGGGUUGUAUAAUUGUUUGUUGCAUAAUGAUAAAUUGCACUAUGUAACACCUUUUCUACACCACGAUUUGCUAAUCGUGUUGAGCCAUUUGUAGCAAUUUAUUUUAAGAUAUAAGUGUUGUUAGUGUGAUUCUGGCAAAUAGCAUAGGCAAUUUAAUAGGCUAGUUGACACUUUUUUUUAAUGGUCUUAAAUAGUUCAUUAUCGUUCUACUAGACUAAAAAUUUUUUUUUUUUAUAUAUUUUGGGACGUGAUUACAUGAAAAUAUUAGUUCUUAAAUAUGUUUUUGACAAUACGAGCCAAAACGCCUGUCGGCCAUGACAGUCUAUAUUUCAAUUGUUUCAUGACGUCACUACAAUAAAUCCCAUACAAAUGGAGCGUUUGACAAAAAUAGUUAGUGACGUCACAAAAUGGACGACAGCGUUUUUGACGUUUGGAAAAUUUGAAAAAAUACGUGAUAUUUAAAUUAAGUUUUAAAAGAAAUCCUUAACUUUUAUUAAUCGAUAUCGAUAUAAUUCGGACCCUUAUACUACUGCAUGAAAUUAAUAUUGUUUAUAUUAAAUUUGAUAUGAGUCAACUACCCUAUUCAGCUCAAAUUGCUUAGCGUGGUGUAGGCUGUGGUGUUACAAGUGUGUCGUGUUCAUUAUCUUGUAUUUUUUUUAAUCGAUCCGAAUGAAGUCACGCGCAUAGGUGGGUGCGUUCUCGGGGCCGAUUAAAACGCAUCACUGUUAUUUUAUUUCCAUUUAAGUGUUUUUUAAUUACACUUACGAUAAAAAUGAAUGAAAAUCAAUUGUAAAUUUACAUCUCAAUAACUACCGCCAGGAUUCGAAACGGCAAGUUUCGAAUAAAUUGAUUCAGAUCCUGUCGGUUCUGAGAUUUUUAUAUGUUUACAAAAACGAUCAUAUGAGGUACAUUAUAGUGUACCGAUCGGUACUUUCGAAGUUUAUCUGUGCAUUAUUAUAGAUAUAGACUUUAACCAUCGGUUUAAAGUAAUACAAAAGAUUAGUCUGAAAUUUGCAGGCACGCAGAGAGUCGUUUUCGAUAUACUCAAUAGUAUAGAAACUUUUCUAAUUAAAUUGAAAUAUGUAUAAACCGUUUUCCAGACUUGUUUAUUGUUUAUAAAUAAACGCAAGAUGUUAUUUUCAUACUUUAUUCAAUGUGAAAUCAUGGGUUUCGCUUUAUAUACAUACAUGUAAACAUCAUUAAGAUAUACAGGAUACUCGGGAGUAUUUCCCAUAACUCUAUUAUAUUCUUUAACGAAAAAUUAAUUAAAAAUGUCUAAGGAACAACAUGUGUUCUAAAAUGAAUAUUUUCGGAGUAAUAAAUAUUUCUGUUGUGAAUAGAUCUUAAAUUGUGUCGCUUAUAUCGCAUCCGUAUAAUAUGACCUACCCAAACUUGAUAAAUAUCAUGAAGUUGCUUGCUGAUGAAGUGCGGAGUGCCAGUUGCAAUAUCUCGUCGAUAUCGACAGCCUUACGAUUACGUAUUUUAAAAUACAAGGAUAGAUAAAGGCGUGUGUUACAUGAAUAGUCGGAAAUAUUUGAAUUACUUUGUAUGAAAACAUAAAAAGAUUUUGUUUUACUUUUAAAAUAAAUUAGUUAUGCAGUUCGGCUCCUAUAAGUGGACUUGUCAACACCUUGAAGUUAUGGGAAAUACUCCCGAGCACCCUGUAUAUAUAAAAGCGUAACAUCUUAACUUGGAUUGAUCAUAGGUAUGCCCAAAUUAAUUUGACGCUAAGUAUUGAUUCGUAUGAUACUCUUAGAUAAUUCUCUCAGUGCGUGCGUGCAAUGUAAAAGUACCAUUAUCGGUCGACUCAAAUGUAUAUCAGCAAAAAAAAAAUGCAGUUCAUUAAAUAUGUACAUAGUAGUAUAAUUUUAUAAAUUGAUAAUAAUAAUUGUUAGUACUAGUUUUUGAAAGUUAAAUCGAAAAUCAUUUUUUACCCUUAAAAGUGACUACCAGUUAUAAGCUGACCCGUGAGGGAUUAUUAUUGUAAUUAAAUAAUCCCGUCAAAAUACCUUCUCACGAAUCGAUUUCGUGAAGCGUUAAUAGGAUAACAAACGUUUUUAAAAAAAUAAAGGAGUUGGUCCAUUAGUGUAUUUGACGACGGCGUGGUUGACGUUUUAAGUAUACAGAAUAAGAUUUUCCACUCAGCUUGGACAUAAUACUACAAAACCAUAUUAUAUUUAUAGGUAAGUAAUAUUUGAAUUUUGUUAUAGACAACUUAAUGCAACAGUGUUGCUUAAAUAAUAAUUAUGUCCAAUUAAAAAUUAUGUACAAUUAAAAACUUUUACUAUUUUAUUGUCUGUCGCCAUAAUUUCUUUUUAAAUCAAUGAAGUUGUUUCCUUAGUAAAAAAAAACAAUAAGUGACUUUGAGACGAAUAGAUAUUAUGUAUAAAAUGGAGUAACUUUUACAAGUUAAUGACAUAAUAAAUAAUAGUUUAGUUUCGUAAAAUCUGUGUAUUUUCUGUAAACUGGCCAUAACAAUUAAUAUUUUUUUUUAUUUGAAUUAAGUGUCUUUUAGAAAAAUCUAGACCUUUAAUUCUCUAAAUGUGAAGUGUAUUUUUUUUUUACAUUUUUUGUGGGAUAAUGUGAAAAAUGAUGUUCCAUUGCCCUGAGCCAAUUUAGGAUUUGUAAAAUCCAAAUUUAAAAAAUUUCUACAUACAAACGAAACCGCCGGCAAUAGCUAGUUACAAAUUUUAUUCGCAUGUGAACGGCUAUUGGACCCCCUCCUUUAAAUAAAACUAUAAAAAAAAAUUGUAUCAAACCGUCCUCACUAAAGGUGGUCAACGCUGGUCUUCGCUAGGGAUGCAUUGAAACAUUCUAUCUCGUAGUUGUAAAUAGCGAAGCAGUAUGUAAUUUUUUAUAUUAUGCAUAAUAAAAUUGCCUUAUUUCUUGUAAUGUAAGUAGGUAUAAGUAUAUUGUAGUUGAUUGUUCGUACUUACACACCGGCACGGCAGAUGAGCAGGUAUUUUGACAGGACUUAUCACUCCUUAUAAAGGUUGUAUGUCCACGUAACAUAAAAUAUUGUGUUAUUUAUAUCAUAACAUUUUUAUUACGAUAUUUAAAAAAACAAGUUUUAAAGAAUAGAUUAAUUAAACUUAGUGGAAGUAAUUUAAAGUUUGUAUUUUAGAAAUCUUACCUCCAUAGCUUCUGUGGAAUAUAGGUACGUUUAUUAAUUUUCAUAUCAUGAUCGUUUUUAAUUUCUGUAUAUUUCGAUGUAAACGUCAUAACUCAUUACUGCCACUCUGCACCCGAGUUGCACCGAUUCACUUCACUACAGUUUGCGAGUGCCAUGCGAUAACGUAGGAGCAUUAUGCCCAUAGAAGUCUAUAUAAUUAAUACUAACCGCUCGAGGCGAGGCGGUGCUGAUUGGGUGCCGAGUGACUCGAAUGGGCUGUGACCCUUAGUCUUAACUCACACGCACUAUAUUUUCUAAAGUACAAGUUUUAUAAAAUAUAGCUAAAUCCUAAGGUUUUACGCCCCGUAAUAUAAAACUAAAUUGUUUUUAUAAUAUAUGUAUUUAUAAAAUUUAAUUUAAAUCUAAACAAAUCUGGCAACGGUCAUCUUCAGCAUGGCGUUUUAAAUAGUCUAUUCUGUCGAAUCGGACUCGAAUCGGUUUAAGAAUAAGCGCGUUCAAACAAACUUAUUAGCUUUAUUUGAUAGAUAGAGAUGAUUUGUCUGUGUGGUUCAAUAGAUUAUCCUAUGAUAAGAAUAUAGUUUAAAAUUUAGAAAUAAUGUCUAUAAUAUUAUUAUACGUUGUGAACGGGUUGACAUCAGAAGUGGAUUUAAUGGGCAAAGACUAUUAUUGAUUAAAAGACUAUCAGGUCUCACAUUAAUAAUGUAACCAAUAAACCCUAGAUUUACAGAGAAUAACUUUGAGCAGUGCCCGAGGCUUGUGACUCUGGGUGAAGGUUUUUAAGGAGUUCCUUCAUGACGUGUCAAAACUCACCUUCACUGCUCGAAUUAUUCUUUCCACCUUUCUUAAAAUAAUCCAUGAAGGAUUAUCCACCACUGUUAUAUCGAACUGGAACCGCAUUAAGCCUAUGCUCAGUUAUAAAGAGUCGCUCAGGUAGACACGCCACCGUAGCUGGUGACUAGAGAAGAGACAUGAUUUCUCAUAUAAGAAGUUAAAAUACACAGCUAUUGGCUAAUUGAAAAUCAACUUUCUUAGCGACAACAUGAAAAUUCAGAACUUUGUUUUGAAUUAACUUUUAUUUUGACAUACUAAAUUUUAAAUAAUAUGACAUCAACGACAUAUUAUGACAUAUAUUUUUCGGCGGUUUCAGAUCUUUCUUGUGGUAAUAUAAAAAAAUAUAUUGUUUGUGCAAAAUUACAAAACUGUUGAGCCGUGGUUGGUUAACAUAUAUCUAUAAAAUAAUAUACCUAAAGGUUUUUGUUAUUUAUGUAAUGACAUUAAAAUAUUGUUAGGAACUAUAUCCAAGGCAUACCUCGAAUUUAAAUAUUUUCAAUAGGUGCGUGUGGUUAAGACUAAAGUAGGGUGAACGUUCCGGUCCCUAACCAAUUAGGAAAAAAAUCACAUUAAGUAUAACGUUUUCAAACAAAAUAGUUUCGGCGUUUUUUACUGCUUUAUAUUUUGUUAUUUGUUUUCUAAUUUAAUGGAAUAAUUGAAAAGUAACACACUUCAAUUUAUUUUAGGUUAAUUAUUGUUUUGCAAAGAAUCCCAAAAACUGGAAUGUAUCAGUUGAUCACUACGUCCCAGUUGUUGACCAGAUUCGUACCAGUAAUAUUUUCAUCCCCUUGAAUAGUUUGAAAGCGGUGAUAUAAAAGUUAGAAUAGAUAGUCUACAUAUAGCAGCGACUAGUUUUGUGAAACUAACAGUAUAAAGAAUAUUAGAACUACUGUGAAAAGAGAGUAAAUAAAGUCCUUAUUCAAGUGGUCAACUAUUGGAACAAUCAGGACUAUCUGUUUAGACAGAUUAUGUUCCUAUUGGCCAUUUAUAAAAUCGCGAAAUAUAAAGUAUCAACAUCAUCAAGCUAGACAUAUUUAUUUCGGAAUCCAACAUUUCAAUUAAGUUAAUACAAAAAUAAUAAUUAGCAAAUAAAAUAGUCUUAACGAUCUAAACACGGUUGUUUCAUACAAUGGUCGCCGAAGAACAUGUUACAUAAAAAGCGUAUGUAAAACUAAAAUGUAAACUGUGUGUUUUGUUAUAGUCUAGUGGAAUGUAUGUUUAGUUCACCAGUCUUAGUUGCCAUAACAUUAUAACCAACAAAAAAGAACCAAAUACUGUGGGAAAAUAUAAUAUUUACAAUUUAAAUUAGAAAUGGUCAACGACUGGUGCGUGGUCUACAAUUGGGACAAGCACCCUUUGAUAUUGAUUUUAUAUGAUUGUCAAUAUAAAUGAUAAUAACUAAGGAGUUAUCCGAUUUUAUUAACACUACAAAUGGAACAGUGAUUAUUGCGACGUUAUGCAGCUUUAUUUUGUACUAGUGGAAGUAUAAAAAUAUUUUUUUACUUUGUACAGAAUGUUAUUAAAUGUGAUAAAUAAUUUUUAACAUACCUAAUUAGAGAUUGUGAUUUAGUAAGGUGUGUAGUUUAUUGUAAUAAAAAAAAAAUGUCGCUUACUAAAUAAACUGUACUCUAAAGCGAUGUACCUAUUUGUAAUGUUGUUUUCCCCACAGUUUUUUGUAUUUGGGUACUUAUUAUGAUGUUGUAUUAUAUACUAAUAAAUAGAUCAGCAUUCAGGAAAACGAGUUUUCGGCCCGAUAUUUAAGACCUGUAUCCCACCAAUGCUGUGAAUCAUUUGCUUCUUGAGAAAUAAACAACCAAAAUCUCAA